UUUGGGUCCUCUCCUCCCACCUUUUCCGUGAGCACGACACCCCUAGUUCUUGCGCCGGGAGGCACUGCGGACAGAACGCGGGUGCACUCGGCUGCCGUGCACGCUUGCGUCCUCUCCUUAAAGUGGCAGAGGAGCUUAAGACUUCAAGAUGUCAACCUCAGUCCCUCAAGGCCAUAACUGGGCCCGACAGGUGAAGAAGGAGGAUGAAGAAGUAGAUCCUCUGGACCAGCUCAUCUCCCGCUCUGGCUGUGCUGCCUCCCACUUUGCAGUGCAGGAGUGCAUGGCCCAGCAUCAGGACUGGCGGCAGUGCCAGCCACAGGUGCAGGCCUUCAGGGAUUGCAUGAGUGAACAGCAGGCAAAGCGGCGGGAGGAGCUACAGAGAAGAAAAGAGCAAGUUAGCACCCACCGCUGAGAUCCCAGACCACCUGUCCCCAGAGGAUGGUCCUGCAGAAACCAGCACAUAGAUCAUGGUGGGAGUAUGGGCCAGGAGGUGUCAAACUUGGAGAUGGUCUUUUGGACUAGGAUUGAGAGCCAGACACCAUAAAUUUGGAUGUGACUACCAUACUGAGCUGCCAUGUUUAAUGGUCAGAUCUCACACAUUCUCACCCUUCUUGUUCCACCAAUAUUUGCCAUGUAUAACAAGAAGUGGGGUAAAGGAAGCUCCCUUACCCCACCUCUUGCGUUAGUGUGCCAAAUACUAAGAUGAUUAUAGGGAUGUUUUAAUUUUAGAAGUAAAUUCACAACCUGAAGUUAAAUUGGUUACAUAAUUAGGUCUUCAAUUUUUCAGUCAUGGGUUAAUUAUAUCAAGUAUUUCUAAGGCACUGUGUUGGAAUGUGAUCUCUGCCUUCAUGUUUCUUAGGGUCUAGUUUGAGAGAUGGAAAUAAAACAACACUGGACCAACUAA